GGAAAUCUAUCGUGGUGUGUAUUUUUACUUCUUUAUUGAUCAUAAACUUUAUUUUAUUUAAUUUAUACUUUUGUCAAUAUGAAGUCAGGGAGUAAAAGGACAGCCUACACCCACAAUGAGAAGCUGUUGUUGGCUACUCUAGUCGACAAACACAAAAACCUAUUAGAAGAUAAGAAAAAUGACGCUGACACAGUCCAGCAAAAACAGCAGGAGUGGGAAAGAAUUGCUGUUGAAUAUAAUGCACAGGCAACCAUGAUAAAUGUGAGGCGAACUGCUGCACAAUUAAAAAAAUUAUGGAAUAAUUUAAAAUACAGGAAAGCUACAACUGAACUACGGCAUCAGCGACUCCUAACUGGUGGAGGUCCUGAACCUUCAGACCAAGGGGAUCCUGUAAUGGAGGCUGUGAGCAUCGCAGCACCACAUGCACACCUGAUAUUGCCUUGUCCAUGGGAUUCGACAGGAGUCUAUGAAUCAACCUAUGGUGAAGUGCCUCCAUUAGUCUCAGAUAGUGAAAUACAAUACCAUCAUGUAGUUGUAGACAAUGAACCAAAAGAAUGUCAUCCAUCCACUUCUGGCAUAGGCAACACAGCAAAAUAUACAGACGAUGCACCAAAGACUACCACCACCAUGACAAACCCUACAGCGGUAGUUAAAACUGAAAGUGGAAUUACCUCCAAACACUGCUCUAGAGUAACUGAAAUGUUAGGGUUGGUGACAAAAGAAAUUAACCUACGUGUGCAGACGAUGGAAAAACGUCUAGAGCAAGAAAGAGAAGUGCACAUUUUAAGAAUGCGAAUAGCAGAGGAGCAACGACUGACAGUUAUUGCAGCACAAAAGAAGGCCGAGGCAGAGGCUGAACUGGCAAUGCACAAAUGCAGCACAAAUUAA